AUGCAGAGCACCAAACCCCACGUCGACUCUGUGAAAUGCCACCUCCUCAACUUACCAGCAGAGCUGCGCAACCAUAUCUACGAGGACGUUAGCGAAGGGACUCCGCAGACCUUCGUCAUCGACCUGGUCAGUUCAGUGCUUUCCAGCGAUCGCAAUGUGUUGAAUCUCGCGAAGACCUGCAAGCAACUUAAGCAUGAGUACACCAGUUACUUCUACGGCCGAAGUACGCUGCGAGUUCUGGCACCUGCAAUCAACACAAGCUUUGGAACGGGAGCCGUCCAGUUGAGGAGCGCACUAGACCGAUUCGUGAAGCAGUACAUCACUUGGAACGAGCCACCUCGACUCGAGAUUGACAUCGGACGAGUCGACAUGAUGCGGCCCAGAGAGCAGUGGCCGACCAUAGAGGGUCCACUUCGACGACUGGCAAAGACAUCCACAAAGAUCGACCUCAGCUUCGACCUCGUGCGCAAUACAUCACACGUUCAUUUUGAACUGCACGUCGAGAUCAGACUCGACUCCCCUGAGCAUGUUGCUGCGCAGCUGGAGGCGACGUAUUUCAGCCAGCGUCACAGGGCUUUGCUUCUUGACCGUGAUAUGCCGAGAGAUCCCGAUGUUUCGGUGUUUCUGGCAUUCGAGAGCACAUCUUGCGGUCACUGUUUCCAGUGUGGUGGGUUCGUCAAACAUCACGAAGCCGCAGGGAUUAUCGAAAUUGGACCAAUUUCGCAAACUGGUUCGAGUUUACUGAGGAUAAGCUUCAGCAGCUGCUCGAUCCGCUCGAGGCUGAACAGAGGACUUGAAAGGGACAGGUGGAAAGCGUUGGCUGAGAUCGAGCACGCUUGA